AGAAGAGAGAUGGAGAUGUUCUCUGUGCUUCUCUGUAAGUGGCGUACCCCAUGGCAGGGGUUCCUGAUCACAGCCUAUCUGUUAGCCUGCUGGCAUCUGCCUAUCACGGUCCAGGUCAUUGUUGAUUUAGUGCCACCCCAUGUUGUUGAAGGAGAAGAUGUCCUUCUUCGUGCCCACAAUCUUCCAGAGGAUCUUGUAGCCUUUGUCUGGCAUAAAGGGGUGACAAAAAUGAACCUCGGAAUUGUACUUUAUUCACUGACCACUAAUUUAAUCAUCAUGGGGCCUGGACACAGUGGUAGAGAGAUUGUGUACAGAAAUGGAUCUCUGAGCCUCCAAAAUGUCACCCAGAAGGACACAGGAUUCUACACUCUACGAUCCUUAAAUAGGCAUAAAGGAAUUGUAUCAACAACAUCUAUAUACCUGCAUGUAUACUCCUUCCUUUGGACCUGUGGACCCCUUUCCACCUCUUCCCAAGUCACUAUUGAAUCAGUGCCCCCCAUAAUUGCUGAGAGGGGAAGUGUUCUACUCAUUCACAAUCUCCCAGAGAAUAUUUGAUCCCUUUUCUGGUACAAGGGGAUGAUUGUGUCCAACGAUCUUGAGGUUGCAAGACACAUAAUAACCAUGAAUUCAAGUGUGCUGGGUCCUGCACACAAUGGUCGAGAGACAGUGUACAGCAAUGGAUCCCUUCUGAUCCACAAUGUCACCUGGAAGGAUGCUGGAUUAUAUACCCUACGAACUCUAAGUACAGAUAUGAAAGCAGAAUUAGCACACGUGCAACUGCAGGUGAACACCUCCCUUUCUCCUUGCUGUAACCCUCUCACCUCUUCCCAACUCAUGAUCCAAACAAUACCUCGGUAUGCUGCUGAAGGGGAAAGCAUUCUUCUCCAAGUUCAUAAUCUUCCGGAAGAAAUGCAAGCCUUUACCUGGUACAAAUCGAUGUCUAGGACCCAGGUCCUUAAAGUUGUAGAAUACAGCAGAGCCAUGAAUUCCACCACCUGGGGGAGCGAACACAGCAGAAGAGAGAUGGUGUACACCAAUGGAUCCCUGAUGCUCCAGGAUGUCACUGAGAAAGAUGCAGGAUUGUACACACUAGAAAUUUUAAGUAGAGAUUUCAAAAUUGAAAAAGUAGAUGUUAAACUUCAUGUGAGCAAGCCCGUGACACAGCCCUUCAUUCGAGUCACCAACACCACAGUUACAGUAGAGAGCUCUGUGAUCCUUACCUGCCUCUCAACUGACACAGGGAUAUUCAUCCGUUGGAUCUUCAAUAAUCAGAGUCUUCAGCUGACAGAGAGGAUGUCACUGUCCCCAACCAAGUGUGAACUCAGCAUAGAUCCUGUCAGGAGGGAGGAUGCUGGAGAGUAUCAGUGUGAGGUCUCCAACCCAGUCAGUUCGAAGACAAGUCUCCCAGUCACCCUAUCUGUGAGGAAUAAAUGA